UGUUGCCUCUAUCAGAGUAGUUUGUUAGACGAAAAGUUUCCAUUUUUUUCUGAGAAAAAAAUUGUUUUUAUAUAUCAAUAAUUUCUCAAUGUUUUCCAGGAAAAAAAUUUAAAGUAAAAUUGCAUUGAUUAUGGUUUAUCCAGGCUGGAAACAAUUUAUCGCGGGAGUAAUAGCUGCCCUGGGAGCGGUUUGUUUGGGUGCCUGUAUUGGCUGGUCGGGUCCGGUUGAGAGCAGCUAUAAGGAAGGAAAAGCGGGCUAUAAAUUUACACCCAACGAUGAUGAAUGGGGCUGGAUCAGCUCACUGCUCACCUUGGGUGGUGCUGCUGUAUGUAUCCCGAUUGGUGUAAUUAUUGGAAUAAUAGGACGUAAAUUGACCAUGUUGAUAUUGGUAAUACCUUAUUUGCUUGGCUGGGCUUUGAUUGGGUUCGCCCGGAAUCUCAUAAUGAUAUACUUGGGACGCUUUAUUAUCGGUGCUUGUGGUGGAUCCUUUUGCGUCACUGCUCCAAUGUAUACCACCGAAGUGGCCGAAAUCAAUAAACGUGGAAUGAUGGGAUGCUUCUUUCAAUUGUUUCUGGUGCAUGGUAUUCUCUAUAGCUACAUUUUCGGUGGUUUUCUUAAGCCGAAUAUUGUCAAUUUACUUUGUGGCAUUUUGCCAAUAAUUUUCUUCAUAACCUUCAUUUGGAUGCCGGAAUCUCCUGUGUAUCUUAUGCAGAAGGGCAAAACCGAGAAGGCCGAAAAGGCAAUGAAGUUUCUUCGGGGAAAGGACACCGACAUUACGGCCGAAUUGAAUCAAAUGGCUGAGGAAUCCAAGAAGGAAAAAGUUCGGAUGACCGAAGCUCUUUAUCGAAAAGCCACCUUGAAAGGCCUAUUUCUAUCUGUUUCUCUCAUGCUGUUUCAACAAUUUACUGGCAUCAAUGCCAUCGUAUUCUAUUCGAGUCAAAUCUUUGAAAGUGCCAAUACUGGGAUCUCGCCGAAUCUAUGUACCAUAAUACUGGGCAUCAUUAUGGCUCUAUCCACAGUUAUUGCCGUCUUUCUUAUCGAUCGAGUUGGGCGUAAGAUCAUUCUGCUUAUCUGUGGCUUAGUCAUGUGCGUCGCAACUCUGAUCAUGGCAGGCUAUUAUCAAUGGCUUCAGUCAAAGAAUGUCGGAUGGAUCGCAAUCUUAACUAUUUUGAUUUUUAUCGUUGCAUAUUCAGCUGGUUUCGGACCAGUUCCUUGGCUAUUAAUGGCCGAAUUAUUUGCCGAAGACGCAAAGACUGUGGCGGGUUCCAUUGCAGGCACGACCAAUUGGCUCUUUGCCUUUUGUGUUACCAAACUCUUUCCACUUUGUGUUAACGAAUUCGGCGAGGCAGUGUGUUUCCUAUUUUUUGCUAUUAUGUCGCUAUUGGCCUUCCUUUUCAUAUUAUUCCUAGUGCCGGAGACAAAGGGCAAGACUUUGAAUGAAAUUCAAGCUGGUUUGGCGUAAUUAUUUAACUGUUGUAGUAGAAGUUGUUUAUGGACUGUUAAGAAACUAUUCGGGAUUAUUCAAAACUAUUCAAGACUAUUAACGACUAUGUUUCUUUCUACAAAUUUGGAAGUUAAUAACAGUCAAAUGUAAUUCAAUAAAUUUAUAUAAAUUUACAGCCAAAAACAGAUAAAAGUACAA